UUCGCCGGCUUAUUAGCAGACACAAUGAAACAAGGGGCAAACUAGGACACCACGUUGGGGAUAGGAGAACGUUGUAUCUUAGUUGUUUUUCACCUUUAAUUUUGGACAUUUUUUAACUUGAACUCUGUAAACACGGCUGCAUCUGGCACAUAUUCCACGCGGGCGAGGUUGGGAAGCUUACCGCUAAGAUUUUUGGCCAACCAUUUGGAAAAUCUUUGAAAGGAUCAGUGCUAGCCAGCAAACGACGCUAACCGAGCAUCAGCAACCGCUUCGUUUUCUCUGAUAAAUACACGAUGUCAGUCUUUGCGUAUUCGGAUUAUUUUGCUGCCGAAUGCUUGGUGUCGUUCUCCAGUGGCCCUGUCCUCCAUCGACCCACCCCGGUGGCUGCGGCCACCCAGGCCCCUCCUCAGGGCCUUCCACCCGGAGAACCUGACGGGUCGAACGAGGACAGGGAGGUACGGGAGACCCUGAAAUUGGAGGGGGCUAACAUGGUGUCGGUCGCGGAAAUCCUGACGAAUAUACAGGGUAAAUUCAGGCCAAUGUCUGCCUAUUCGGAUAGCAGCAAUUCGUCAUGUGGGGAGAGUGGAUACACCACGUUGUCCGACUCCACCACUCCUACCCCAACCAUGACCCCCUCUGGCACCCCAGUACCAGGACAGUAUAAUACCUCACAACAGGUCUUUGGAGGGGGUGCACCACGAUCACCCACGAAGCGUCAUCCUUGUACUUUCGACGGUUGUGACCGGGUGUAUGGCAAAUCGUCUCAUCUGAAAGCGCACAUCAGAACGCACACAGGUGAGAGACCUUUCCCGUGCACCUGGCCCGACUGCGAGAAGAAGUUCGCCCGGUCAGAUGAGCUGGCACGCCACACCCGCACCCACACGGGCGAGAAGCGCUUCCUGUGCCCGAUGUGCGACAAGCGCUUCAUGCGCAGCGACCACCUCAACAAGCACGCACGCCGCCACCCCGGCUUCCAGCCCGCCAUGAUCAGCCGCAAGACCCUGGCCCUGGGCUCUGGCUUCAGCGCCGGGCCCGCUGAGCCGCAGUGAAUCCCUCAGGUUUGGCCCGGGACAUGGUGUCCCACAGGGGGGGGUGGGGAGGACAGGUUGCCACACCCUCAGUCAAACAAGCUCAUCCCGGCUGGCACCCUUCCACUCUUGGUAGAGACUCUUCCCAGCCCCUGGCCCUGUCCUAGCCCUUCCACAGCGCAACCUACCACUUAUUCUUUACAACACAGAGCCUCAUCACUUUUUUAUGUUUCUUUUGGACUCCAAAAAUGAUAUAUAAAAAAGACUCACAGCUGCAGGGAUCUUCAUGUGUUCCUUCUGGUCCCCCAUACAUACAUACAGUUCAUGCAUACAUGCGUACAUGCCAUGGGCUAACGCAAAAACACAAACUAUGUUUUAGAGUGAUUUGUCCCCUUUCACUGAAGGAACAACCAAGGCAUGUCCUGUCCAUGUCCAGUCAAAUGGUGUAGGACUUUGAAAGCUUUCAGUGGGGUGUGUAUAUUCCCCAUUGCUUCAAUGUAAGUACACUUGUGUUAACUCAAUCUUUCGUUAAAUGUCUCAUCCGCGACAACCUUUUUUCAUAGAAGCACAUCUAGAAGAUGUUCAGUCGUAACAGCCGCAUAUCAUUGCAGUGACGAGAAUUUACAAAGUGCUUCAGAUGACUUUCCUUUUUUAUUUUUUAGAAAUCUCACUCUAUGCAGGACACUUUCAGAUGUCCUUUUUUAUGAAAUGCCCACACUCGUCGAGUAAAAUGCAAUUAUCUUAUUGGAGGCAGAGUCUGUCGUCAAACCAGAAGGGUCACAUCAGUGACGCUUACAGAAAUGCUUCCUCUCUCCUAAUUCCAGGUCCCCACAUUCCCUUGUUGUUAGUUAGGCAUCUUGCACUCUUAGCGUUGUCAAUUUCUUUGUUUGUCUAUGUGUCUGUUUUUGUUUUCUCUUAACAUCUUUGGCUUAUUGUUUCACUUUGAGCUUUUUAAUUUAGUGAUUCCCCUGGCAUUGGAAUGCCUGUAUGAGUAAGGUGCUCACUCACAUGAUUAAAAAAAAAGUUAUACAGCUAGCUCUGAUACAUUGGUAGGGCUGGCAGGUCUUCUCUUUGGUUUACAAGUUUAAUCUUGCUGCCAGAGUGGCAAGCUUAGCUUUGCUUUUACUCAGUUGGUGGAUGUACACUUCCUCUCAAACUGUAAAUUCACGUUGGCAUUCACAGUGAGCCCACUAAAGUGUGGCUGUGAAGGCCUGAAAUAAGCCUAGCUUAUAAGUGGGGUGGGGAAACACUGUAAGUCUAUGUAUAUGUUUGAUUUUGACUGCAUAUCGCUUUUUCCAGAACUUAGUUUAAAAUGUAUUUACUUUUAUGAUAUUUUAAAUAAUAAUAAUAAUAUUUCUCGAAUUCCAGUCAGCACUCAGGACCUUGUUCAGUUCCAUGAUUACUAUGUUUCAGAGUGUUGGCAUAUUUUUUUCCUCUAACAAUACUUCUUGAUGUAGAGCAAAUUUUUGUUUCUAACAACCACAAAAGGUUGGCACAUGUAGCAUCGCGUCAAAUGGUGAUGCAUUCAAAAUAUAUAGAUUAUAUGUAUGUAAGACCUUUAUGCUUAAGCUGCAAACGUAGAAAUGUUAUCUCAAAUACCUAAAUGAGUGAAACAUGUCGUUCUAGCCCUCAUAUUAGGGGUUAAGAAAAUAUACACACAAUUAGGAUAGCGCUGCUUGUGUACACGUGUGGGUGUGGAUCUGUGUUUCUGUGUGUUUUUCGAGUGUGUCUGUGUGCGCGUGUGUGUGUGUGUGUACGUCCCCAUUUCUUUCAUUUGCUAGAAAAUGAAGGGGAGAACAAUCUUGUUUCUGCACAGGCCAGUCUGUGGACACUAUCUCAGAGAACAAAACUCAUCAGGAAAACUCAGAAAGCCUUAACUUGUUUCAUAACUUACUUUGCACCAUUGUUUACAGGAUGACAUUUUUCUACAGAUGUAUAAGCCACAAGGCACAACAUAACAAAAGAUAUACACAUAUGCAAGAUUGCACUUUUCUUAUUGGUGUUUGUUUAUAAAUGCUAUUUGCCUGCUAGUGUGAUAGGUUACACUGUUUAAAUGUGCUUCUGCAAAUAAACACUGUGGAAUUGGA